UUAUCUUACAUGUAAAAAAAAAGAAAAAAAUAAAUAAUUUUCUUUUUUAUUUUUUUUUUUCGUAAUAUAUAAUAGAUAAAAAUGUCGAAUUCACUUCUGGCCGCAGCAUUGAGCGCUGUUACGAAUAAUACAAUUAUUACUUAUGAUGAUUAUGUUGGAAAAAAAAUUGGUGAGAAUGUUUUAUAUUCAGUAUUGGAUCAAAAAUCACUUCAUCAAUCUCAUUUAGUUGGCGGUAAAGUACCAACAUUACCUCCUAAAGAACCUGAAGUAUAUUAUGGUGCUCAAAUAUUCGUUCAAACAUUAACUGGUAAAAGUAUUACAAUAUGCGUUGAUUUUAGUGAUACAAUUUAUUACGUAAAAGAAAAAAUUCAGGAUAAAGAAGGGAUACCUCUAGGUCAACAAAAAUUAAUUUAUGCUGGAAUGUUACUUGAAGAUGAUUGUACGUUAUCGGAUUACAAGAUAAAAAAUGAAUCCACAUUAAAUCUUAUAUUGAGAUUACGUGGUGGUGGUGGACCUAGUAGUACUACGGCUUUAUAUAUUCAACCUGAUCAACUUGCUCCAAAUUUUGAUUAUGAUUUUACAAAAGUAAAUGAUAAUGGGAGAACUUUUAUGCGAGGAAAUUUUGAGUACAAACGACCUUGCGGUUGGAAAAGAGUGGCUCUCAAUGUAUUUGAUAAUAUGAAAAUAACAUUUGGCUUGGUCUCCGUGAAAAUAAAAAACCAUCAAUGGAUCCAGUAAAUGACGAGUGGCCAGUCUCUUAUCAUGGGACUGCUAGACGUAACUGUAAAUCAAUUGCCGAAGAUGGGUAUCUCUUAUGUAAGAGUAAAAGAUUUUGCAUUUGGACAUGGAAUUUAUUCUACUCCAGAUAUUG